GAUGACUCUCAAAUUGGUUCCGUUCAUAAGUAGAAAUAUUUGGUGUUGAUUAGAUUGAUAUCUUCUCUAUAAAUGAACAUCAUAUCAUACGACUUGUAUAGUUGUGACAUCCCGUUUCGAAUAAAAAUGAUUACCGUUACUCUUUCUAUCGUUUUGAGCCUUAUAUUCUCCAUCACCUCUGCUACAAGACUAGGUAUAGUGAAUGGUGAAGUUGCUGAUAUACGGGACUUUCCCUACAUGGUCGCAUUUUUAGAUGUGUUUAGUGACUAUUAUAGGGAGGUCGAGUGUGGGGCUUCGAUUCUUGAUGAAAAAACACUACUAACAGCUGGACAUUGUGUUCUUGAUGGUAUCAAUUUGGAAUGGAUGAGAAUUGGAAUUGGACAUACGAAUGUAUCUCAAGCUACUUUGGUUAAAGUAGCAAACGUAUACCAGCAUGAAGAAUUUAUUUUCGCUCCACCUUUCAAAAAUGACAUUGGAAUAAUCAAGCUAGUGGAUCCUCUUCCUUUAGAUGCGAGUAUUCAACCUCUUCAACUUCCUCAAAAAGGAGAAGCCACACCUAAAGGAAAAUCAGCAGUAGUCGCUGGAUGGGGUAGAGACCAGAAUGAAGAGGAACAACAAUUAUUACAUAAAAUCGAUGUGGUAGUUUAUAAUGACGAUGACUGUGAAAGAAUUUGGGCGAAUGUGACUGACGAAACCUAUCCAGAAUACAGUUAUGCAUCCAACAGGACUAUUCAGAUAUGUGCGAAAUAUCCUCAAACAAUUCAAGCUGGAGUCUGUCACGGAGAUUCUGGUAGUCCAUUAGUGGUUGAUGGAGUACAAUACGGUGUUGUUUCCUAUAUGCAACUGCCUUGUGGAAACAAAGAUUAUCCUGUAGUUUUCACUAAGGUUUCUGCUUAUUUGGAUUGGAUAGUAUCUAAAAUGGGAUAGUACUUUCCAUAUCUACAAUGUAUAUUUUUAUCCACUACAAACAUGUACAAAAUUCA